AUGCGCGGUUUCAGGUUCCGAGCUUCCUGGGCUCCAGGGGCUCAUUCAAAGCCGAUAACAACGCCAAAUGGCGGCAUCCUGACGGGGCUAUGCUCUGAUGCACACCAAAAUACCCAGCGUUGUGGUGUUCAGGGUGUCUUCAUCCGGCAAUUUUCGGAGCUGUCGGGAUCGGUCUACAAUCACAGAAUACCUCAUGUUGGCCGGAAUAUUGUGCCAACUAAUGCUUUAUUUCCGAGAACUACACGAUACUCCAGUUUUAGAUCACCAAUUCUCAAGCAAUUCCGCGGAUUCUCUUCGACCCAACGAUUCCUCCAGACCAAGCCGCCCGCGCAGCCAACGAAUACCUCGCGCGCGGAAAACAGGGACAAGCAAGAUAAAGAUAACGAUGACGGAUUUGAGCUAUCUGAGAAAGCAGCACAAGCGGCACAAGUUAACCUUCGCGCAAAGUUAAACAAAGAUGGUGCUGGUGGAAAAAGCUCCGGGUUCGGCGAAGUAACGAGGCUUCUACUCAUUGCGCGACCCGAAGCAAAGAAACUCGGCUUAGCCUUUUUUUUCUUACUGAUUUCUUCAUCAAUUACCAUGUCACUUCCUUUCUCAAUUGGCAAGAUCAUCGAUGCUUCCACGAAGUCAUCAGAAGGUGGUGAAUUUCUUUUCGGUCUGAGCCCUACUAUGUUCUACGGUGCCUUGGCAAGUAUUCUUGCAUUCGGUGCUGCUGCAAACUACGGUCGUAUAAUUAUCUUGCGAAUUGUGGGUGAACGCAUCGUUGCGAGAACCCGUUCAAAGCUUUUCCGCCAGACCUUCGUGCAGGAUGCCGAGUUCUUUGACGCAAAUCGGGUCGGAGACUUGAUUUCUCGACUUAGUUCUGACACCAUAAUCGUCGGCAAAAGCAUCACUCAGAAUCUUUCGGACGGACUGCGGGCAGGUGUUAGCGGCGCAGCUGGCUUUGGUAUGAUGGCCUAUGUCAGUCUCAAGCUAUCCAGUAUCCUAGCAUUAUUGCUUCCUCCAAUUGGACUAGGCGCAAUCUUCUACGGAAGGGCAAUCAGAAAUCUCAGCCGCCAGAUUCAAAGGAAUCUAGGAACCCUGACCAAGAUUGCGGAAGAACGUUUGGGAAAUGUGAAAACGAGUCAAUCAUUCGCUGGCGAAGUUCUCGAGGUCAAUCGUUACAAUACUCAAGUACGGAAGAUCUUCGAACUCGGGAAGAAAGAGUCACUGAUAAGUGCAACUUUCUUCAGUUCUACUGGACUUAUGGGAAAUUUAACGAUCUUGGCACUUCUUUAUGUAGGAGGUGGCAUGGUCAAGUCUGGCGCUAUCAGUAUUGGAGAGCUCACGUCCUUCUUGAUGUACACGGCUUACGCAGGCUCUAGCAUGUUCGGCAUGUCGAGCUUCUACUCUGAAUUAAUGAAGGGAGUCGGGGCAGCGAGUCGACUGUUUGAGCUACAGGAUCGUGAGCCGACAAUAUCUCCCACCAAGGGCACCAAAGUCGUGACUGCCCGUGGCCCUAUUCGCUUUGAGAAUGUCUCUUUCAGUUACCCAACCAGGCCCGCUGUUCCAAUUUUCAAGGAACUCAAUUUUGAAAUCCCGCAGGGUACCAACGUCGCAAUUGUUGGUCCUUCGGGUGGAGGUAAAUCGACCAUUGCUUCGUUACUCCUGCGCUUCUACAGUCCCACCGAGGGCCGUGUUAUUAUCAACGGCAAGGACAUCAAGGAGAUGAACGCGAAGUCACUUCGUAGAAAGAUCGGCAUUGUCUCACAGGAGCCAGUUCUCUUCUCUGGAACGAUUGCCGAGAAUAUUUCUUACGGAAGCCCACAGGCAACGAGGUCUGAAAUCGUCGCAGCAGCAAGGAAAGCAAACUGCCAAUUUAUCAGCGACUUUCCGGACGGCCUUGAUACCCAAGUGGGACCCCGCGGAGCGCAGCUUUCUGGAGGGCAAAAGCAACGGAUCGCGAUUGCCCGUGCACUUAUUAAAGACCCCGAUAUUCUGAUUUUAGACGAGGCCACUUCUGCGCUCGAUGCAGAAUCGGAGACACUAGUCAACAGCGCUCUUGCGGCCCUCCUCCGUGGUAAUAACACCACCAUCAGCAUUGCACAUCGACUCUCUACUAUCAAGCGAUCCGACUCGAUCGUGGUGCUUGGUAAUGACGGAAAGGUUGCCGAACAAGGAAGCUACGAGGAACUAAGCGCGCGCCCAGAUGGCGCGUUUACGAAGCUGAUGGAAUGGCAGCUAAGUGGUGCUGACACCCAGCCUCCGGUCAGCCCUUCCGUUAGCCCUGAAAUCCAGGAAAAGCCCUGGGAAGUCCAAGCUGAGGAACACGGUGAAGCUGAAGCUGAAGCAAACCACAAAACCGAGCAUCAACGAUAA